UUCGUACGUGGGAAGUAACGUUCCGGGCAGAGGUUAGAGUGGCAGCUAUUUUAGCGACAGCUUUUGUUACCUGAGUCCACCAAACGCACAGGUGCCUCAAAACAAACCUGCUGUAUCCAGAUAACUGUAUCGGAUAAACCAUGGACCAGGAACCGGAACAAGAACAAGAAAAACAAGAACAAGAACAAAAGCAAGAACAAGAACAAGGCACCACAGAGGAGGCUCCGGUGCAAAAGAAACGAGAGGAGGACAACCAGGAGGAAUCUGAGCGUCCCAAGAAAAUAUCCCCGUAUCUGACGACAGUUCCAACUGCCGUGACGAAGUUUGGAAAUUUCAGAAAAACUAACACGCCCCUCCCUUCACACAACAAGGAGUUAUUAGAUGAAAAAAAAGAGGUUCUCUUGGAAGGGUCGUUUGGCUUGGGCACUCUAGUUUUCCCUGCUUUACAGCGCUUCAACAACAUUGACGUCUUCCUCACUUUUUACUGUGUGGUGGUCCUAGCUCAAGGUUUUGUAUUUGGUCUUGUUGAUCUGAGUACUGGGUAUUUUGAGAAGGAAUUUUAUAUGUCAAAUCCAGAGAAAGCUGCAUUGGCCUUCACUUAUGAUCUUACAUCUUUAUUGACAGCAAUAUUUGUAGCACACUACGGAAGUAGAUAUAACAGGUCAAAAUGGGUGGCAGCUGCUGCCUUUUUAGUAGGACUUGGAUCUGCUUUAUGUGCUGUUCCAUUCAUGAAAUAUGAAAUUAUAACACAAAUAGAAGAAGGUGAAGAGUUGUGCAUAGAUGAAGAACACAGGACAGUUCCAAAUUGUGUGGAGAACUUGGUAACACACAGAUCAGAAACCUUGUAUUUCUUCAUCCUCGGGCAGUGUCUCCAGGGACUCGCAGGGAUGCCUCUUUACAUCCUUGGUUUGACCUUCCUUUAUGACCACUCUGCCACAUACUCAGCUGGCAUCUAUUUAGGUAUUGCAGAAGCCAUACAAAUACUGGGAUACGGUCUGGGUUUCAUAGUGGGAUCACCAAAUAUUAAACCUCCAAAGAAUCAAGCUUUGAACAGAUUGAUCGCUCUCGCGUCUCUAUUGCAGCAGAUCAAUUGGUGGGCUAGUUUCCUUAGUGCCACUGUGCUUGCAUGGGUCACCUUUUUCCCAUUACUAUGUUUUCCAUCAAAUUUACCUGGUGCAAAUAAGAUAAGACGUCGAAAAGAGAAAGAAUCUCCCACCUUUGACAAGAACCUUAAAUAUAAGAAAUUUGGACCUCAUUUGAAGGAUUUGCUUCAUGCUCUUCAGUGUCUGUUGAAGAGUCCUCUGUUUAUGUAUCAUACAAUGUGCAGAGCCACAGAGUCCCUGGCUUAUAUUGGAGCUGCAGAAUUCUUGCCCAAAUAUUUAGAAAAUCAGUUUUUGUUAACGCCCUCACUUGCCACUCUUCUCACAGGAGUUAUUUUAAUCCCAGGAGGUGCAAUUGGCAGUCUUCUGGGAGGUUUAAUUGUUUCCAAGUUGAGAAUGUCUUGUAAAGCCCAAAUGAAAUUUGUAAUGGUGACAUCUAUUAUAUCGCUUCUGCUUUUCUUAUUAAUAAUUUUUGUAGAAUGUGAUACAGUGAAAUUUGCUGGAAUCAGUGAAAAUUACGAUGGGUCAGGUCGCUUGGGAAACCUCGAAGCUCCAUGUAAUAAGCACUGUGCUUGCACAAGCUCUGACUAUGCUUCUGUGUGUGGAAGAGACGAAGUUGAGUAUUUCUCUCCCUGCUUUGCAGGCUGCAUAUCUUUUAAAAAAUUUAACAUUGAAAAGACAUACUACAAUUGUUCUUGCAUUAAAAAAGGACUGGCAAAUGCAGAUUCUGAUGGAGAUAUUAUUGAUGCCACUCCUGGAAAAUGUAAUACCAAGUGUAACACAUUACCUUUGUUUUUUGCUUUUUGCUUUUCUUCGAUUGUUUUUUCUAGUUCGGCUUUUACACCAAUAACCUUGAUUAUACUCCGAAUUUUACCUAACAAUUUAAAGGCCCUGGGCGUGGGUGUGACCUAUACAGUCAAGAGAUUAUUAGGAUCCAUCCCUGGACCACUACUUUUUCGAUUAACAGCAAGAAGCUCUUGUAUUUACUGGGACGUUAGUAAAUGUGGAAGUAAAGGUCGUUGUUGGAUCUACAGUAAGAAAAAAAUGGCCUUCAUAUUGUUGGGACUAUGUAGUAUUUGCAAAUUGGCCACAACCUUCCUUGUUUUUUAUGCACUUCAAAAAUAUGACAGGCUGGUACAUGACAGUUCUGAGAAUCCGGCCCCUCCAGAAAAGAAAGCAAAAAAAAAGAAAAGAAAGGAAGAAAAAAGAAAUUUCUAACUAACUAAUUUCUUAAUUGGGUUGGAGAACUUCUGAGGAUCCGAAUUCUAAGGACAGCAGUCUAUUCUUUGAGGAGUUCUUUGAGGAGUUCUUAAGAUUUGAGGCCAGGCUAUAACUCAGAAGAGAAAAUAUAACAGAAAAUAUCAGUGUGGAUUUUUAUUUUCAUAAUAAAGAAUACUCUUAUAAAACGUUU